GGCUCCGCUGCAGAACAGGAUGAUGGAGUACAUGGAGGACAAGUUCUCUCUGAAGAGCGCGGGCCUGAAGGCCGGCGGGGAUUUCUACAUGGAGCAGGUCCUGGACGGGCUGGACGGGGGGCCCUACUUCUCCAAGGGCCCCCCCAAGGGCGGCCAGGGCUUCGGGGAGCUGCGCUCCGACCCGGCCGGCGGGUUCUCGGUGCCGGAGCAGGACGCGCUGCGCCCGGACCUGUCCGUGUCCAGCAGGCCGCUGGACGGCAGCAGCUGCUGCGGCCUGCGCGCGUCCCCGGCGCCCAGCGCGCCCGACAAGAGCGAGCUGGAGCUGGACAUGGACAUGGACAACAGGGGGGACAUGGGGGACCUGGGGGGGGACAAGUGCGGCGGAGACAGCAACGUGUCCAGCAGCAAGAAGCGGCGCCACCGCACCACGUUCACCAGCGCGCAGCUGGAGGAGCUGGAGAAGGUGUUCCAGAAGACGCACUACCCGGACGUCUACGUGCGGGAGCAGCUGGCCAUGAGGACGGAGCUGACGGAGGCCCGAGUGCAGGUGUGGUUCCAGAACCGAAGGGCCAAGUGGCGGAAGCGUGAGCGAUACGGGCAGAUCCAGCAGAUCCAGCAGGCCAAGAGCCACUUCGCUGCGACCUACGACCUGUCGGUGCUGCCGAGGUCCGACAGCUACACGCAGAUCCCCAACAACCUGUGGUCCAGCCCGGCCCCCGGGGGCCCGGUGGUGUCGUCCUGCAUGCUGCCGCGCGGCUCUCCGCCCUGCGUGGCGUCCUACGGGCCCUCGCCGCGCUCGGCGGCGGCGGCGGCGGAGCACGGCUACAUGGGCUUCCCCGGCCAGCAGAACCAGUUCGGACACGUCUCCCUCAACAACUUCUUCUCCGCCGACUCGCUGCUGCCGCCCCCCGCCUUCGAGACCAAGCCCGAGUUCGAGCGCCGCUCGUCCAGCAUCGCCGUGCUGCGCAUGAAGGCCAAGGAGCACGCCGCCAACAUCUCCUGGGCCAUGUGACGCCGACGACGUCCUCGCCGACCCGGAGACCCGCGGAGCUGAAACGUGUCUGGUCUGGGAGGACAGGAGGUCCAGCGUGACCCGGGCCGGAGCAGACGGGCCGGCAGAACCAGAACCUGCUGCGAG